AUGGCAAAUAAUGAGAAGAAGGCAACUGACAAACCAAAGGUUAAGGUAAAGAGAUUUGAACCUCCCAAGUUUGAAGGUAAUUUCAGAGAGUAUCCUACAUUUAAAGAGGAUUAUAAGAACUUGGUUCAAAGUGAAUAUGGUGCUGAUCCAUAUGCACUCAAAAUGUGUUUAGGUGGGGAGGCACUCCAGGCAGUAAAGGGCUCGGAGGGUAAUUAUGAUGAAAUGUUUAAGCGGUUGGAUGACAAAUUUGGUAACCCAAGGAAAAUUGUAGAUUUGGUGAUAAGUGAUCUCAAAUCGCUGAGGAAGAUAUCAGAUGGUGAUACUAAAGGGUUUAUUAAAAUGGUUGAUCAGGUUGAACAAUGUUGGUUAGAUUUAAAAAGGGUAAAUCUAUCUGAUGAACUCAAUACAGUUAAUGUUGUUAGCCAUAUUGAGAAAAUUCUGCCUUCACUCCAAAAAAGAGAAUGGGUAAUUAAAGCAAGUGAUAUCUCGGUCACUGGUGAAUUGUUUUCCGAGCUGUUAGGUUUCUUGCAGAAAGAAAGGAAAGUUUUGGAGUACAUGAAUUCAAAUGUAAGAACUAGUACUAGUGAUAGCAGAGCAACAGUACAUCAUGUUGAAAAUGUGGUCGAAAACAAUUCGGAGUCAGAGUUGGUUAAGCUGAUGAGAAAAUUGAAUGAAGAACAACAGAGCAAGAAUAGGGAAUUUGAAUCAUGCAUUGUAAAUUUGAAUGAAAUGAUAAAGGGUAUGAAAUGCAAGGAGAACAAUAUAAGUAUAGGUUGUUUAUUACACAAUUCAGAGAGUCAUGAUAUAACAAAUUGUUUCAAGUUCAAGGGCUGUAAUAGCAAGGAAAGAUUUGAUGUGAUUAAGAGGAAUGGUAUAUGUUUUAGGUGUUUAAAGGGAUAUCAUUCAGCACGUGGGUGUAAAGUAGGCAAAUUGUGUGAUGCAGUCAUUGAAGGACAAGGACCAUGUAAUCGGAAUCAUCAUCCACUUUUGCAUCAAGACAGAAUAGAAAGCAAUUCUCACAAUGCAGUAAUGGAGAAGAAAGGCAAAGCUUUGUUGAACAUUAGUACGGUGCAUAGUAAAAAUCUGCCCGUCACUGUAUUGUGGGAUCCAGGUUCAGAUACUUCCUUAAUUACUUAUAGAAUGGCCAAGAAGUUAGGAUUGAGUGGAAAGGACGUCAAUUUAUCUUUGAUCAAGGUAGGCAAUACAAUUGAAUAUCAGUCAAGUAAAGCAUACUGUGUACCAUUAACUGAUAAGAAUGGUAAAGUUUGGAAUGUGGAUGCUGUUGGUAUGAAUGAAAUAUCUUCCAAAGUUAAAAGGAUUGAUUUGUCCAGAUUACCUGAACUUUUUAUAAGAAUCUCGAACUUGGAGGUGGAUCUCCCAUGUGGGGAAAUUGAUAUGCUCAUCGGUACAGAUUGUUGUGAAAUACUGCCAAGGGUUGUUGAACAAAAUGAGGGUAUUCAGUUGCUGGAAAAUCAAUUCGGGUUCAGCAUUCGAGGUAGACAUGACAAGAUUACCAAUGGAUCCAACACCAGCAAUCAUACACUUGUAAGAACUCAUAAACUGUCUAGUCUCGUAGAUUUGAAGGAAAUUAGCAUAGAGUCAACAGAUAGCUUAAAGACUAAAUUGGACAAAUUCUUUGCCAUGGAGGAAAUGGGAACAAAAUGUAAACCACAGUGUAUAAAGUGUAUGUGUCGAGGAUGUCCUGAACCUAAUUGCACAAGUCUAAAGGAAGAAAGAGAACUAGCAUUGAUUGAGGAAGGAUUGUUAUAUAAUGAGGAACAAAAAUGCUGGCUAGCAAAGUAUCCAUGGCUAAGGGAUCCAAUGCAUUUGAAAGAUAAUAUCAAAGUAGCUAAUGCUAGAUUAAAAACAACGGAGAAUAGAUUGAAGAAACUUGGCAAUGAAUAUGCCAUGAAGUAUCAGAGAGAGAUAGAAGAUAUGAUUAAUAGGGGAGUGGCGAGGAAAUUAACCAAGGAAGAGAUAAGAGAAUACAAAGGUCCAGUUCAUUAUAUUCAUCAUCAUGAAGUAUUGAAACCAGAAUCCAACUCAACUCCAAUACGCCUUGUCUUCAACUCUUCUGCGUCAUACAUGGGGCAGAAGUUAAAUGAUUUCUGGGCAAAGGGGCCAGAUAUCCUGAACAGCUUACUGGGAGUUUUGUUUAGGUUUAGACAGAAUAAUAUAGCUAUAGCAGGCGACAUAGCUAAGAUGUACCAUACUGUCAAGCUCAGCACAAUGGAUGAACAUACACACAGAUUUUUAUGGAGGGAUUUGGACGACAAUAGACCACCUGAUCAGUAUGCUCUUACCACAAUAACGUUUGGAGAUAAGCCUAGUGGUACUAUAGCUACGCUAGCGUUGAGACACACUGUAGAGAAAUUUGGCAAGGAAUAUCCGGAUGUGCAAGAUAUGAUUAUUAACAAUACUUAUGUUGAUGACAUACUGUAUUCUACUGAUACCGUUGAGAAUGCAUUCAAGUUAAUACAGGAUGCGGAGAAGAUAUUGUCUCAGGGAAGUUUCAGAGUUAAACAUUGGAUUGUCAGUGGGCAUUAUGAAAGCUGCAAGGUCAAUGUGAUAAAAUCUGACCAAGAGAAGAUCUUAGGGUUGAAAUGGAACCCGUUGGAGGAUCAUUUUUUCUUCACAGUAAAACUUAAUUUUUCUUCAAGAAUAAGAAAUGUCAGAAGUGGUCCAAAUUUAAAUUUAGAUGAAAUUGAUGAUAAAUUUCCAGAACAUUUGACGCGCAGAAUGAUAUUGAGUCAGAUUGCAUCCAUAUAUGAUCCAUUAGGGUUUGCUGUACCAGUAUUGCUCAAAGCAAAAAUUUUGAUGAGACUCUUGAUUUCCAAAGGUGAGUCGAAAGAUGGCGGAAUCAAGUGGGAUGAUCCACUUGAUAUUUCCACGGUUAGGGAAUGGAAGAUGUUUUUCAAGGAAUUGUAUGAGUUAGAGAAAUUGACCUUUAGAAGAUCCUUAAUACUACCAUCUAAUGCAGUUGGUAAACCAAGCCUAAUAAUAUUUUCGGAUAGUAGCAUGCAAGCAUACGGAGCUUGUGCAUAUGUGAGGUGGCAAACUGGUGAAAACGAAUUUGAGUCACAUCUGAUAGCAGCUAGAAAUAAGAUUGCACCAAUGAAGCAAAUGUCCAUUCCUAGGUUGGAACUAUGUACGGCUCUUAUGGCUGCUAGAUUAAGAGAAUCUAUAUUAAAGGAGUUUACAUGGAAGUUUGAGGCAAUUUACCACAUAGUUGACUCAUCAAUUGUAAGAUCACAAAUCCAAAAGGAGAGUCACGGAUUCAAUACCUUUGUUGCAGUACGCAUAGCGGAGAUACAAAUCAAAACUGACCCAAAGGAAUGGUGGUGGGUCGAUUCAACACAGAAUAUUGCAGACAUGACCUCUAGACCAUGCAAACCAGAGAAAAUUGGGAGAGAGUCUGACUGGCAAAAUGGACCCAAGUUUUUAACUUUACCAACUAGUAGAUGGCCCAUUAGGCAAACUUGUGAGGAUGAGUUAACUGACAGAAUUGGUAUUAGCAUGACGGUCAAUAAUGCAAGUCAUGAGAAUUGUGGUAUGCAAUUAAUUGAUGUUAAUAGGUAUAGUGACUAUUACAAAUUGCUGAGAGUUACAUGUAGGGAGCUAGAAAAUUAA